AUGAACAAAACUUUGACUACAGAUGAGGAUGUCGGAUCGUUGGAAUUCGUGGUCGGUGACGGGACAGAUCCUCUGCGGACUCUACUGGUGACUGUAGUCCGGCCUCUUCCAGAUGCUCAUUUGGACACUCUACAGCCUAGCAUGUUCGUUGGACGGAAGUUUUUAUUUUUGAGUGAAGAGCUUUGCAGAAAGCUAGAUGCAUGUAGCAUAUACCAGGUCAUUGUGCUGAGGGUCUCGGAGCAGAUCCGCCACGGUCUUUUGCUCUCUAUGUCUACUCUGGACAGGGCAUUCCAAUUGCUCGAUACACAGCACAGCAUCGUAUAUACUCCUCUUUCAAGAUCAGGAGCCGGUCUUGGCCUGGAUUCCAGUGCGAUCGAGAGUGGUCUGGGGAUUCAAGAAACAAUACUAGAGCAAGAGGGUAAGGGUUUGCGCGGUCACGAUCGCGAAUUGUCAUUUUUAGCUGACACUAUUUCAGAGACAAUUUCAUCGUGGGGAUUGUCUGAAGCACAAACAAGCAGCAGUCCCCGUACCUGGAACGCUCCUGUCAUCUCUAUGAAGCGUCCUACCGCUACUGUGCCUGUUCUCAUUCUGCCACCGAGGAAAACAGUGCAAUACAACAUAUCUCCACAAACAGAGCAUCAUCCGCGCGAUUUUCUUAUCUCACGAUACUUUAACACUUUAUAUUCGUUGACUACUCCCUUGAGUUACUUCCCUAAAACAGCAUUGAACAGACUACGAAACAUGUGCAACAAUGACAAAAUCAAGCUCUUGGAUGCACUUACGUCUGUUCUUUUUUCUCCUGAACAUUUGAACAUCCGCCACCGCGAGAAAAUGGGCCUUGCAGCCUUCAACAACACGACACCCACUGGCCUACAUAUCCUGACUUUCGAAAAGGAAAAUCAAAAGAUUUUCUUUUCUCGAUAUUAUGACGACUUGUCUCAGGAAUUAAAAUUCGACAAUCUUGUUAUGGAUCUCAAAGUGAGAGAAGCACAACUACAGAUCAUAGUCCUAUUGGAAAUCUUACUUUGUUCUGAGAUCCUGGAAGCCGAAUUCCUCGAACUGAAUUCAUUGAAACAAGAGAAAGCCAAUAUAUCUCAUUCAAAGCCCUCUUUAGUUAGGAGACGCAAAAAGCAACGAAUUAUACCAACCCUAUUGGGCCACGGUCUACAAGAUUCUGACACUGACAGCAAGAAAUUGCAUAGCGGUAUGGAGGAAUUUCAGUAUUACAAAUCCCUCAUCUCAUUGAUAGACCAGCUUGGCAUUUGGGGCGUGUUUCAGGGAAAAGGUGUCCUGAAAAACGAGGACCCGAUCUAUGGCUUGCUUGCUUAUGUCUUGUUGCCUUAUUACAAUAAGAGCUUGCCUCUCACUGUACAAUUUAUUGUAAAAAGUUUCAAGAAUCUUCAGCCCAACUUCAAACUUCCAAAGAAGUCUGCUUCUCGUCAAAAUUCAUCAAACGACGGAGUUGAUUCUCCAGCACUGGAUCACGUUUCAAAACGGAAGACAAAGUUCUCAAAAACUCUCCUCUCUCCCGACAAGUUACCAUUCUUGAGAAAGACUUCUAGCACUAUUGAAAGCAGUGAUUUGAAACCCGCAAUUCUGCUUAAGCGAUCAAAGUCCAGUUUGAGUUCCAAGAACAUGCACAAACGACAAGUUGACAUGUUAGGCAGCAAGUCAGAUGUAAAUGAGGAGACAAGCGAGGCUGCCGUUAAAUCUCAGACUCUGUUUCUCUUUUGCGAUGCUCGUAAAGUCAAAUCCGUUCCGAUGGAUAACAGUACUACACUAGAAAUUUCUCAAGUGGAAGCUACUCCGGCCAAACAAAACCAUAACUCUCGGCAUCAAAUGAGUAUCGAGAGUCCUGAGGCUCCUCAGGUUUUCGCAACACCUUCUAAUGUUAGGGUAGUUGAUUAUAGAUUGGACCAAAAUUUGGAAGACUUAGGGCAAAGUAUCACGGACGCUUUACCAAGAAAUACCCGACGCCAAACCAUGCUUGAGAAGUUGCGCAAUGUUAGUGAUGAAUCGUCACAACUCUCGCUUGCUGUCAACAAGAUGCCAUUGUCGAAUGUCGGAUCGUUGUUGCCAAAUGCAAAUGACAUCAUUGGAAGUUCACCAGAAAAAAUUUACUCUUCUUCUCCAAUUAAAAAACUUGUGAAUGGUGAUGAAUAUGGAGCAAUCAAGAGUUCACCAAUUGGGAUCAAAUCUCUAGAUAGUGUUCCAACGAAACCGACUUGUGAUGAUAAACCAUCAAGCAUAGCAGAACAGGGCACAUCUCAGACUGAUGUCGAGAUGCAGAAACCGAAAUUAAAGCGCGUUGCACAAAGAGAGUCCCGUAAAGGUUCUCGGGCAGCUCCCCAGCCUGCUUUGUCAACAAGCUUCAGUAACAUUAAUGUCUUCAACGAUUCGCAAUCCAUAGGAACAGAACCUGAAACACCAAUCUCUGAAAAGAAAAGCAUUGUUUCCGAACAUUCAUUUAAAAUACAAAACUCGGACUCAGACCUGGACUCCGAUUUUGAGAAAUUGAUGGCGGCUCCUCGAGUUACAAUAAAGAAGUACGCAAAGCGUCGCUGA